UCUUUGUGCACCUACUUAUGAACAACAGGUUAAAAACCAGUGUAACCUGUUUUUUGAUAGAAGUCUACGAUUAGUUCUAUGUGAUACCUGAUAUCUAAGUAAUGUUAUAGUAAACAAAAGUUUAAUAAUAUGCAGAAUGGUGAGCUCUAAGCACCCCCUCUCCCUAAACACCGCUAAAAUCUAUUUUUCCAAAAAGCGUUUACCUGCCAUAAAUAUGAUAUGAUAGCCUGCAUUUAUAUUAUUAUGGAAGGUAGUCUAAUAGAUAUUUACUUUCAACGGGCUUAACAUUUUUAUAGACAUCAUUCUAAUAUUUUUUCACAAUAUUUUAAAGUGAAGUGUAACAUGAACACAACUAUUUUUAAAGAAUUACAGAGCAUAUGUAGUCAACUUGAACAGGCCUCUUCUAAUCCAUUUUUCCAACAUAACAAUUAUCAAUGAAAAUCUGAAAAUGUAAUUUAAAUUUUGGAUAAAACAUUUGCACAAAAAGUAUAGACUAAAUAAUUAUAUUACGGCUCUAAUUUUAAUGCAGUUGCAAAAUAGAAAUGAAUUAUUACAUUAAUAUAGCUAUAUAUAUUAUUGAUUACAAAUUAAAUUGUUGAAUUGUAUAAAUGAUUUAGUUGUCAACAGUAGUAAAUUGUUUGUUGAGUUUGAAGUUGUCAGAUAUUGAUCGUCGAUCAGUUAAUUUAGAAUGGAACAGGCCACACGAUGUUCUAAAACCCCUAUUUGAAUUAGUAAUGAAUGAAAACAAUGAAAACUGUGUGGUUUUAUACAGAGGAUUUCACAACUAUUUUUGUGUUAAAAACUUAUCUGGUGGCCACAAUUACAAAUUUAAGCUGCAGGCGGAGUCACCUAAUGCAAGCUCGAAGAAUACUGUGAUUGGGAUAGCCACAGUCAGUUGUACUACAAAAAAUGAGUGUCCCAGUAUCACCGCAUUUCACCACAGUGCUUAUCAAAAUUUACCAUUACUCUUUCGGGAAUUCUUAGACACAAGAGCUCACGAUAUUAACAUUUACAAUGAGCUGGGUGAGAGUGGUCUGUCCAAAGCCUGUGCAGCUGGCCAUAACGAUAUGGUACUAACUCUGUUGCAAUACGGAGCAAAUGUGAACUUACCAAACAUGUUCACCAGAAUUACCCCGCUGAUGACUGCUGCUUACCAUGGACAUGAUGAUAUAAUAAGAAUAUUGGCUCGCAAUGAUGCUGAUGCUACUUUAAAAGAUAUAAAUUCAAAAACAGCACUUCAUUAUGCAGUCGACGGUUCUCAUAAUGAUGCUGUUCAUAUGCUUCUGGAAGGAAAUUGGGGCGAUGUAAAUUCUGUAGACUCUAAAGGUUGGACUCCAUUAAUGAGAGCAGUAUUAAUGUUUACCAAUUUGGAUGUGAUCAAGACCCUUAUUUCAUAUGGUUCAGAUUUAAGUAUUAAAGAUAAAAAUGGUCAAGACAUUUGGCAGUUGGCUCAUUUAUCAAAUAAUUGGAAAGCUCUAAAAAUAUUACCAGAUUGAGUUAGUUAAGUUUUUUAAUGAUUUAUUAUAAGAAUGAAAAAAUAUGUUACUUUUACUUAAUAAUUUUUAACAUCCAAUGUAUUAGAUUUUUGAAC